CGACAGUCUGAGAUCUCCACUCUUGAAAUUUCCAUCUCCAGCAAAAGGUUUCUUUGCCGUCGAGUUGAAUUCAUAGUACAAAGUCAACCGCGCAAGAAAACACCGUCAAGAUGCCUCAAAAUGAGUACAUGGAGAGAUGGCGCAAGCUGCAUGGUCGCCGUCUCGAUCAUGAAGAGCGUCUCAGAAAGCGUAUUGCCCGUGAGGGUCACAAACAGUCCAAGGAUUCCCAGAACCUGCGAGGUCUGAGAGCCAAGCUUUUCCACCAGAAGCGUCACAACGAGAAGAUCCAGAUGAAGAAGGCCAUCAAGGCUCACGAGGAGCGCAAUGUCAAGACCGCCAACGAGAAGGAGCCCGACACCCCUAUGCCCGCCUACUUGCUCGACCGAUCGAACCCUACCAACGCCAAGGCUCUCAGCAGCGCCAUCAAGAACAAGCGAGCCGAGAAGGCUGCCAAGUUCAGCGUGCCUCUGCCCAAGGUCCGUGGUAUUAGCGAGGAGGAAAUGUUCAAGGUCAUCGAGACCGGCAAGAAGACUCACAAGAGAUCGUGGAAGCGCAUGGUUACCAAGCCCACCUUCGUUGGUCCCGAUUUCACUCGCCGAAACCCCAAGUACGAACGCUUCAUCCGUCCCAUGGGUCUCCGUUACAAGAAGGCCAACGUCACUCACCCCGAGCUUGGCGUUACUGUUCAGCUUCCUAUUAUUUCCGUCAAGAAGAACCCCCAGAACCCCAUGUACACACAACUGGGUGUUUUGACCAAGGGUACCGUUAUCGAAGUCAACGUCUCUGAGUUGGGUCUCGUCACUGCUGGUGGCAAGGUAGUCUGGGGUCGUUACGCCCAGGUUACCAACAACCCUGAGAACGAGGGCUGCAUCAACAGUGUUCUUUUGGUGUAAGUUGGUGUAAAAUGCGGUUGAAAGUACCUUUUUUGUCAUUUUAUUGGGCUUAUUAUAUUGCAUUCCCGGCGUUAUUGGGUGUUGAUUGUUCUUCUGGAAAAGAAACUUGUAGAGCUUAUUGCUUUCGCUCUUGCUUGAGUCAUGAUACGAUAGUUGGUUCCCUUAGAAGGAGAAGCUUUUAAAAAAGUAUGAUGAUAAUGUAUUUCAUAUACCUUCGUUUUUAGAUGACUGUAUUGCAUCCUGUCUCACUGAAUGUCCAGUCUCUCUGCACAUAGUGACUAGCGGCGAAAGGCUAGAGCGACGUAGAGCAACAUAGCGUACAGAAGCCGUAAGAGCAUGUUACCUGGAUGAUAGAAAUCCUCUUUCCUCU